AUGCCGCCGAUAACGCAAGGAGACAAGGCUUCCAGACAGUCGUCCGCCGGCAAAGGCUUCUUCAGUAGACGCCAUCGCGACAAGGUCGAUAGUCGCUACGAUGGAGGGAACCCAGCCACACUGGAUCCAAGCACAAACGGCUCCUGGACUUCGAGGCAUUCCAAGAGAGAGUCAGUGGCCUCGAUUGAUGGCCAGGAUGGAGAUUUGGGCGGCCUCAACAUGACCGCAGGCGUCAUCACCUCGAUACCAUACUCCGCGACCGACCGAUCCCAAGCCCCUGUGACUGUGGACUACCUGCCUCGAGAUGAUCAAAUCCUCACGAGACGAGAGCCCCAGCCGCACCAGCUUGCUCGUGGGUCCGACUUUCAUCAAUAUCCCGCGUUCAGUUCGUCGACGAAUGGCUCCUCACAUCCUACAGGGCCUCGCCCGCCGCCGCAUACAAAUGCCAAUGGUGUCACCAUGGCCACGAGCCAGGCAGGAGAUCGCGGGACAAAAUACCAACAAUGGGGUCGGCCUGGCAGCAGCAACGGCCCUCAACACGCCGCUUAUGAUUCAAUUUCCACGAGUGACUCUUACGGGGGAAGCCGACGGAAGUCGAUUGACGGUGCCAGCAUAAAAUCUACUGCCUCUUCGGCCACCGCAGGAUCAAGCCUUUUUUCUUCUGACAGAUCUUCAAGAACAGCCGUGCCAUCACGUCAGGACUCCGACACUUCUAUCGGAGUGGUCUCACCGACGCAUUCCCGGCUAUCCAAGCUUAGUUCGCAUGCCGGCUGGCCGGCGCAACAACAUUCACCUUUCAGUUCGACCACCUCUUUCAAUCCUGCUGGGUUCUAUCUUCCUAAGCCGCAAAGCGACGAGGAAGUUGAGAAGUUGUUCUUGCAACUCAUGCAUAAGCGUGGUUGGCAGAAUCUACCCGAGCAGGCGAAGCGGCAGAUGAUGGCGUACGCGCCUGCGAAGAAGUGGACGCUGGUCCAUCAGGACAAGUUGACGGAGUGGCAGGGCGAGCAGAAGAGAAGACAGCAGGCUCGCCAAACGGGUACGUUAGACGGUCCGAUAUCGAGAGACGUCGAGGGCACUCCGGAAUGGUACGUCAAGAAGAUUUUGGAUAAUAGUAUAUCUGGGAAACAACUUCAGAGUUUGAGCGUCAGCUUAAGAACACAACCUAUCAGCUGGGUCAAGGCAUUCAUCGAAGCACAAGGCCAGGUCGCUUUGACCAGUGUUUUGUUAAAAAUCAACAGACGCCAGGCCAAUGGCCCGACUCCAGUCACCACUACCGGUUCAGCAGAAAAGGAUCUCGACAGGGAAUACGACAUUGUCAAAUGUCUAAAAGCCCUGAUGAACAACAAAUAUGGUGCUGAUGAUGCUUUGGCGCACGAUCAGAUCCUGGUUGCACUGGCUACGUGCUUGAUAUCGCCACGAUUAACCACACGAAAGCUCGUCAGCGAGGUAUUGACGUUCCUGUGCCACUGGGAUCAAGGCCAGGGUCAUCUGAAGGUCCUUCAAGCGAUGGACACGGUCAAGAACCAGAUCAACGAAAACGGCCGCUUUGACGCUUGGAUGCGUAUCGUCGAAGUCACCAUCGAUGGACGAGGUAAGAUGGGCAGCCUGGUCGGGGCGAGUGAGGAAGUUCGCAGUGGCGGGAUUGGCAUGGAAAACCUCUUGAUGGAGUAUGCUGUCGCUACGCUGGUCCUGAUCAAUAUGCUUGUCGAUGCGCCCGAACGCGAUCUGCAGCUACGAUGUCAUAUCAGGGCUCAGUUCAUUGCCUGCGGCAUUAAGCGGAUACUGGUCAAGAUGGAAUCUUUCCAGUACGAUGUCAUCGACAAACAAAUUGCCAAGUUCCGCGAAAAUGAAGCCAUUGACUACGAAGACCUGCUCCAACGAGAAGGUAGCAGUAUGGUGGACAGCAUAGAAGGUGAGGUCAAAGACAUGACAGAUCCCAUGCAAAUCACCGAUGCCAUCAUGUCCAGAGUACAAGGUAGCAGGACGCAAGACUAUUUUAUCUCUGCCAUGCAGCAUAUGUUACUCCUGCGAGAGAACAACGCGGAUGAAAGGUUGAGAAUGUUCCAGCUGGUUGACUCUAUGCUCAGCUAUGUCGCCAUGGAUCGUCGCUUGCCAGAUAUGGAUCUGAAGCAAAGCCUGAACUUCACGGUGCAGAAUCUUCUGGAUAGGCUGCACACCGAUGAUGAAGCCCGCAUCGCUUUCGAUGAAGCGACAGAGUCAAGGCAGAUUGCGGAAGCCGCCAUUGCCGAACGAGAUGAAAUGGCUGCUCAGAUCUCCCUUGGUGCUGAUGGGUUGGUCAAGAAAUUGCAGCAGCAAGUGGAGGAGCAAGCCGCCAUCAUUGAACUGCAGUCAAGGCAAGCAGAGGCGCUCAAGUCUGAAGUUGCUGAGCUCCAGCGCAUAAGAGCUCAAGAGCUCCAGCGAACCGAGCUUGAAACUCGUGAACUGUAUCUCAUGUUGAGAGAUGCCCAAGAAAUUGCAGCUUCUCGUACCACCAGAGAGGGCAGUACCGGUCAAGAUCCAGCUCAGAUGCAAGGCAUCCUGGACAGAGAGAAGCUGAUGGAACGCCUGGAGCGCAAUCUCGAACGGACCAAGACACAAUUCAAGCUUGAAGGGAAAGUCUGGGGCCAACAAGGCCCGUCGGAUAGACUCAGAGAGCUUCGUGAGAAGAUGGAUGAUAUCGUUGAUGCUGAUUUCCAGGAGAAAACGAAGAGGCACCUCACGAAUAGUGUCAUGGGUAGUGUCCACCGCAGUAACGCUCUGAAGGGAUCUAGAAGAGCUGCAUUGGAAGCGCUGUCCAUCAGCGAAGAGACCGAAAACGAUCACGAGUCUGGUGACGAAGAUGAAGCAGUUGUUUAUGAGAAGCCACGCCUAGUUGAACUGUCAAGGCCCAAGAUCCAAACAGAACAACAGGCUAAUUUAAUGGGCGAGCUCACUUUGAAGGUUAAGAAACUGGACGAGGAUAGUGAUGAUAUGACAGCGGACAGCGACGGCAUCACAACUGGACCUUCCCACCCAAGUCUUGGAUCUGAAUCCCCCAAGACGCCCAUCGAUGAAGCGCAUGGUGAAGCCAAGUUCAAUGGUCCUCCUCCCCCUCCACCUCCACCACCGCCACCGCCCCCCGGGUCAUCGGAGCCUUCUCCAGCUCUUAUACCUGGAUUCGAGACCGGUGCACCUCCUCCGCCGCCACCGCCGCCUCCUGGGAUGCCCUUUUCACCUGUCGCCUCGCCAAUGCCUGGCUUCGCUGGAGGCCCGCCUCCACCACCUCCACCACCACCGGGUUCACUUCCUAUGAGCCCUACAUCACCUGCUGCACCACCACCCCCUGGCGCUCCGCCGCUUCCAGGAGCCCAACAUGGCCAUUUCCUUCCCCAGUCGCCUGUUGUACCCAUGCCUAUGCUCAAGAACCCUAUCAUGCGUCCCAAGAAGAAGCUCAAGGCUUUCCAUUGGGAUAAAGUAGACACACCGCAAGUCACAGUGUGGGCAAGCAGUACGAGCACGGAAGCCAAGGAAGAAAAGUACCGCGAGUUACAAAGAAAGGGUGUGCUCGACGAAGUCGAGAAGCUCUUCAUUGCCAAAGAGAUCAAGAUUAUUGGCGCUGGUUCUGGCAAGGGCAAGAGUGACAAGAAGCAGAUCAUCAGUAGUGACAUGAUGAGAAACUUCCACGUAUCAAUGGCGAAGUUCAAGAACGCCUCCGCUGAUGAGGUCGUGCGAAAGAUCAUUCAUUGCGACCGAGAAGUGCUCGACAACAACGUGGUUAUGGACUUCCUGCAAAGAGAGGACCUUUGCACCAUCCCUGAGAAUAUUGCGAAGCUCAUGGCCCCAUACAGCAAAGACUGGACGGGCCCUGAUGCGUUGACGUCUAAGCGGGAGCAGGACCCAUCCGAGCUGACCAGGGAGGACCAAAUCUAUCUUCAGACUGCGUACGAGUUGCACCAUUAUUGGAAAGCAAGAAUGAGAGCUUUGGCCUUGACCAGGAACUACGAAAUCGAGUAUGACGAAAUCUCGACGAAGCUCAAAGAAGUCGUCAAUGUAUCCGAAGCCAUCCGGGAUUCGACCUCGCUGAUGAGCGUUUUGGCUCUGAUUCUCGAUAUCGGUAACUACAUGAACGAUUCGAACAAGCAAGCAUCCGGAUUCAAACUCAGUUCAUUAGCGCGCCUAGGCAUGGUGAAGGACGACAAGAAUGAAACAACUUUUGCAGACCUCAUUGAGCGAAUCGUGCGCAAUCAGUACUCUCAAUGGGAGGUCUUCGUUGAGGACAUCUCUGGAGUGGUUCCUGCAGCGAAGCUGAACGUGGAUCAACUUCGGCUAGAUGCGAAGAAGUACAUCGACAACAUCAAGAAUGUUCAAGCUUCGCUGGACGCCGGAAACUUGAGUGAUCCUAAGAAGUUCCAUCCUCAAGAUCGUGUGGCUCAAGUGGUUCAGAGGUCGAUGAAAGAGGCAAGGCGGAAGGCGGAGCAGAUGCAGCUAUACCUGGAAGAGACUUCACGAACGUACGAUGAUAUCAUGACCUAUUUUGGAGAAGAUAAUCAAGAUGAGAAUGCCAGGAGAGACUUCUUUGGUAAACUCGGGGGCUUCGUUACGGAGUGGAAGAAGUCAAGAGAAAAGAACAUUGCCAUGGAAGAGACCAAGCGACGUCUCGAGGCUAGUAUGGCUCGGAAGCGGGCGCAAGGCGGAUUGAACAUUAGUGGCAGCGCCAGCGGUGCAGAGACUCCUGGCAGUCCUCCUGCAAAUGGUGCCAUGGAAGACCUGCUAGCCAAACUUCGAGCCGCUGCGCCACAAGUCAAAGACCAGCGCGACCGAAGAAGACGUGCUCGACUAAAGGAAAAGCAUGACCAGAGAAUCGCUAGUGGUCAACAAUUGCCAGAACUUCCGACGAAGGAAGGUGUCGAAGAAAGUCGCGGGCUAGCCAGCGUUGGGGAGAAAGGCAAUGAAGAUAGCUUGAGUGCGGAAGAUGGUACAAGUGGGAAGGGGGACGUCAGCGAAAGUGAAGAUGUGGCCGAUCGAGCACUGAAAGCUCUCCAGUCAAUGAGAAGCUCUGCCCCAUCCCCUGGAGAUGAGAUUGAUGUUCGAAGACGACGAGAUGGUGCCGAUGAAGAACGGAAAGCAAGGAGAAUGCGAAGGCGGACGGCACACCAAAGCAGUUCUGCUCGGGACUCGGUGCAGUCACCCACCAAGAGUGCCGCAGCGGAUGACGAGGCCAGACUUGAUGGAGAGGACGAGGCAUUGGUGGAUGACAAGAGGUCCUCCGGUGGAACAUUGAGUCCAACGAUGUCUCAACCUCCACCCGCCAUCAUAGUCAGUCCCACGCCAGAUGAAGAGCCGAAAGAAGAUUCAAAAAGAGAAGACGUCCCUGACGGCACAUCGUGA